CAAAUUGCUGUGGGUCUGAAGACUGAACCCUGUGAAAAAGGUACAAAAUGGAAGCGAUUUCACCCGCAAUUCCUUUACGCGAUAUUUAAAGAGAAGCUGCUUAUAUCGGGAGUGCGUGUAUCAGCAAUCCGAGUGAUCACUCGCUCGGAGGCGUGGCGAGGAGGACGGAGCACAGAGUAAGAGGCGAAGCGCAGCUGGCGGAUCCCAACUGCACCGAUCGCAACUUGUAUCGCCGGGGUGUCUCAGGCGGUGUUGAUCUCUGGAUAUUCCUCGUUCGUUAAGGACGUUUUCCUCUGUUGUGUGUCGGGCCGGGGACGCGGUCUCGUCCUUAAGGAGGUGGUCUGCUGUUUGAACAUGUGAUUGAAGGAGAGGAAGCCCAGAAGCCUGCCAUGCGUGUUUGUGUUAAAAGAAGCCCGUGAAGACCCUUUUGCCUCAGAACAAAGUGCCGCUUGGGGAUCCAAGCCCAGUGCUGAGCAGUACCGAGAUUCAAUUAUUUCUGGGAACGAGCUCCCAUAUCUGGGGAGAUUGACACAUCUGCAGCUCUGCUCUUGGGUAGCCAUGUGGAUUAUCGGUGCCCAUCCGUUCUUUCUGUGUGCCACAGCUCUAUUUGCAGUCAUCCAUGCAGCUGCUGCAACAGAUCUGGACAUCACCCCUCGCAUCAGCUUUCUGUACAAUGCGAAGGAAAGGCCAGCCAGGAGGUUCUCGGCCGAAGGGGUGUUCAAUUAUAGCUCCCUCCUCUUGAGCAGCGAGGAGGACGUUCUCUUCGUGGGCGGCAGGGAGGCGCUCUUCGCCCUCAACCUCUCCGACAUCAGCAACGGAAAGCUCCACAAGAACCUGACGUGGAGCACUCCGGAAAAGAAGAGACACGAAUGCAGUUUUAAAGGGAAGAACCUGCAAACUGAUUGCUUCAAUUACAUCAAGAUCUUGCUCCGGCUGAACAGCACACAUCUCUAUGUAUGUGGAACAUAUGCCUUCAGCCCCAUCUGUGCAUAUAUACGCAUCUCAGACUUUUCGUUGGUGAAGAGUGAAAAGGGGGACAUUGUUACUGAGGACGGUCGAAGCCGAUGCCCGUUUGAUCCAGAAUAUAAAUCCACUGCCAUCAUGGUUGAUGGUGAACUGUAUGCUGGCACGGUCAGUAACUUCCAGGGAAAUGAACCGAUCAUUUACAAGAGCCUCGGUCAGGGGACCCCCUUAAAAACCGAGAACUCCCUGAACUGGCUUCAAGACCCAGCAUUCGUGGGGUCAGCCUAUAUCCAAGAGAGUCUACCAAGAGGCAAUUCAGUCGGCGACGACGAUAAAAUCUACUUCUUCUUCAGUGAAGCGGGAAAGGAGUUUGAUUUCUUUGACAACACCAUUGUGUCGAGGAUCGCCCGUGUUUGUAAGGGGGACAUGGGAGGGGAGCGCGUGCUGCAGAAGAAAUGGACCACGUUCCUCAAGGCGCACCUCCUGUGCUCCCUCCCGGACGAUGGCUUCCCUUUCAACGUCAUCCAGGACAUGUUUGUCCUGACGCCGGGCCGGCAGCAUUGGAAGAACACCACCUUCUACGGCCUCUUCACCUCGCAGUGGUACAGAGGUGCGUCGGGGAGCUCGGCGGUGUGCGCCUUCUCCAUGGAACAGGUGGAGCGCGCCUUCAACGGGCGCUACCGCGAGGUGAACCGGGAGACCCAGCAGUGGUACACCUACAACCACCCUGUGCCCGAGCCGCGGCCCGGAGCGUGCAUCACGAAUGCAGCGAGGCAGAUGAACAUACAUUCCUCACUUCACAUGCCUGACAAGGUUCUGAACUUUGUGAAGGAUCAUUUCCUGAUGGACAGUGUGAUCCGCAGUCAGCCUAUUCUCCUGAAGCGCAAUGUGAGAUACACUCAGAUUGCCGUGCACAGAGUUCAGGCCAUUUCCAGAACCUACGAUGUCCUCUUCAUCGGUACAGAUGAUGGAAAACUUCACAAAGCAAUUAACACUGACCACAGGAUGUACAUCAUUGAAGAGAUCUCUCUCUUUGCUGAGCCCCAGCCUGUGCAAAACAUCAUUCUGGACUUAGAAAAGGGCGUCCUGUUUGUGUCCUCUCACUCGGGGCUGGUGGAGGUCCCUGUAGCGAACUGCAGUAACUACCAGAGCUGUGGAGAGUGCAUCCUGUCCAGAGAUCCGUACUGCGCCUGGAGCGGGAGGCAUUGCCGAGAUGUCAGGCAGGCUUCACCAGACCGAUCGUGGAAGCAGGAUGUUGAGGAAGCCAACACUUCGGCCGCCUGUAGCAUUGCACUGCCUGGCCCGCGGUCUUUCAAUCCAUCAGGCAAGACAGGUGGGUUUGAGUGCCAGGCUUUCGUUUUACCGGCCAACACCUUCAAAGUCCUCUCCUGCAAGCUGCAUUCGAACCUGGCCCAGCGGCGCUGGGUGUACAGUGACAGUGCCAGCCAGUUCGUGUACGCCAGUCCGGACGGGGGCCUGGUGGUGGUGGCGCAGGCAGACAUGCCGGAGACGUACGAGUGCUGGUCGGUGGAGGAGGGCUUCCGGCAGCUGGUGGCUAACUAUUGCGUGAGAGCAGAGAAGCUCCCGGACACAACCACCACCACCACCGCCUCUACUGCCCGGUCCAGGACGCCCCGGGUCCAGGUGGAUGGGUCCCUUAUCCUCCCCGGGGAGAGCCGGUCUCCCCAGCUCAGCCCCAAGACCUACUGGAAUGAGCUGCUCAUCGUCUGCGCCCUCCUGGGCUUCUCCUUCCUCGUCUUCUCCCUGUUCGUGGUCUACCGCAACCGGGAUCACAUGAAGUCCGUGCUGAAGCAGGGCGAGUGUCCCAACAUGCAGCAGAAGAAGCCCAGGAUGGGGGGGAAGCCGGCGGAGAGCCUCCCGCUCAACGGGAGCGCCGUGCCGGCGUCCACGUCUGACCACAAGGGCUACCAGACCCUCAAUGACAACUACAUCUGCAGCACGCCCACACACGAGUCCCCCGACCACGGCAAGGGCUUCACGGAGUCGGAGAAACGGCCGCUGGACUUCAAGGAGAGCCACGUGGAGAUCUCACCCACCUGCCCCCGCCCCAGAGUCCGGCUGGGGUCUGAAAUCAAAGACUCCAUCGUGUGAGGCAUCUGUGAAUGGGACAGGACUUGUGCUUAGCAUUGUCCUCCUUCCAAUCCACAGUCCAACAAGGGGAGCGCUGGCACCACAUCACAAACGGGGCCUUUCAUUUGUCAGUCCUCUUGCCCCGGCCUUUUAUUUUCACUGAUUCCAUCUUGGUUUCCAUGGGGGGUGAAGUCUGAGGCUCAUUUCUUUUUCUGAACUAAAUGUCACCCAGAUGACAAUGACUUGUUUUGCAAGAAGCGAGAGCAUGUCUGGCUUGGCCGACAGAAGAAAAGGUAAAAUCUCCUCAAGAACUUUUACAGAAAGCAAUCUUCCAAGUGAAGCGACAAAGGGGAGCAAAUUCCUUUACUUUUUAUCUUUGUGACAGUGUGGUGCGAAGUUGUUAGGCAAACAGAGACUGUACCUGCAGCAGCUAUUUUGCUCCACCCACUGCAGAAUCAAUCAGUCUCUGACUGCUCUGUAAGCAUUAAGGUCUUUUUAGACUAAUUGGUCCGUCCCCAUGUUCUCAACAUAUCACCACAACAGAAAAUCACUUCCAGACCUGGCCGCAAUGAGCCACACUUGAACUACACCUUUUGCUUGAACAGAUCACCCCAUUCUGGUAGGAUACUGCAAAACUGAGAACAAGUUCAACUUCAGUGGUUUCUAAACUUCCAAAUGAUAUAGAAUUUCACAGCAGAAUUAGCAUGUCUUUCAUCCUUUUACCAACCAACAAAAAGGGAGUCCAUCUCCGCUUAAGACUCUCCUGCAUCCCUCUGAGCUCGGGGAGGGUGAAGGUGAGAUUGUGGCAAGCUGGGGAAAAAACAAAAGUUGUGCCUACUUGCAAAAGGAGAAAAACGAAGAGUGUUUUUUCCGAGAAACUCAGUAUUCUCAGCGGAGGUGCUAACACCUUCUCUCUCGAAGCCUGCUGACGUUAUCCAGCACAAACACAAGAGGGAGGAGUGAGAGUAGAACAGCCAAGGACGGGAGGGUGUGCAGCGUGUUUUGACCACAAACCCAGACCAAACACAGAAGCCUGCCACCCUCUUCUCAAAAGACAGAACCAACAGAGCAUUAAAUGCGCACUAUGCAAAAAAGCGGUUUCUUACCUGUGAGGAAAUACAAGGGUUAUAUCUAUGGAAUUGAAAGAGCAUCUAGCAUAGGAUCCAGGUGUUGAAUGGGCUACCUUACUGGGCUUCAUUAUGCUCUCUAAGUAUUAAUCCCCAGAGACAUUCAUGAGAAACAAAACAAUGUAUGCAAUUAAGCUUUAGUCAUUUUGGAAUUAAAGAAGCACAGAUAAUAAUCUUACUUAAUAUCUUUGGACCACAUUAUUGCACACCGAUGUCCAGCUUGAGCGUUAAGUGAGCUUGGAAAAAGCACAGGAUUCCUAGCAGAAAUGCCAAGUGACCCUAAUGGGAGUGUUCUCUCCCAUCACAAUGGAAAAGGACUUAGGGGUGGGAAGGGAAGUCUCAGCACGGUGGCAGUGUUCACUUGGAUUGUGACAAACCCAGCCAGCAAAAUGGAAAAUAACAUCAUCUUAAUGUUUGUAACACAACCAAAAUUAUUGUACGCUGUGCCAAAAAAUGACUUGCGUGUUGUUUUGUUUUUUUUACAUUUUGUUGUUUUUGUGAAUUCUGACAUUUCUCACCAUCAGCGCAGCUGAUCUGAUCUGCCUUUCUUUUGUGUAACUUAACUAUCAUUGAAUGACAACUAUGAAAUGUACUUUAUACGCAACAGGUAUUUCAAGUUCACAAUGUAGCUGCUUUUAAGAAUGUGAAAGCCCUCAUCUCUCUCUCCAUUUGCUUUGGAGUUGUCUCAGAGAUGUUCUACACUGCCUUGGACUAGAUUUGUGAAGAUGUGACAACAAAAGAGCUCAUGUAAUUGACUUUCAAACAGCCAGAGUUACAAAACUCUCUUUAGAGCACUAACUUGGUGAGAGAUGGGUUCAAAGGAAACCAUUGAAAUACUUAGGACACUUAAAAUUUUCAACUAAACAGUCCUUUAGACCUACUCAAUAAAAAGCUAGGUGUUUUCAGCAUAUGGUAGGUGCUUGUUACACAUUCCUGGAAAUUGAAAGCAGAAGAAAACAACAAGAAGAGCAGAGAAAUUAAAAGACGUGGGACUGCUAUGAUAUAUUUGAUAGAUUGCUGGUUUUUGACUAUGGUCAUGACAAUGCAUUUUUGAUCAGUAAAUGACUUGGGUAUGUUGCAGAACCACUAAUCCCUGACAUCGUAUUGUUAUUGCAAUUUGAAACGUGUUUCCCACCAAUUUGUCUUUCGUGUGUAAUGCAGUGUGAGGCUCCUCCACUACAUCUCACAGAUUUUGAGACAAGCAUAUGUUGUGAAAUGUAAUUACUCCAAAGUACACCAAUACUAUUCGUAUUGUACGUAAUGCCUUUCCAUCUAGAAAUUUACUGAAGGGUGUUAAUUUCAAGAACGAUGACAAAGUACAGUAGCUGAGCAAUGAGCGUACUGCAUUACUAACAAUUAAGAGCGGUCACAUGUAUAUAUGUACAUUUGUAUUGUAUUUGAGAGAACCGAUGCAAAAUGUGUUGUUGUAGAAACUUGUGGAACUAGAAACUACACAUUGCUGCUUUUUUUCACAACACUUUAUUUUUGCACAAUAUACUGUACAAGCCUUAGUUUGGAGUGGGGGUGUUUGUUGUAGAUUCUGUAAGAUGUUCUGGACAAUACUUUGUGAAAUGCCUGUAAGAAAUAUGUUGUUAAUCAGUGUCAUGUUGCUGAGAAAGUCAAUUAUUUUCUUCCAGCCUAAAGUCUUUCUUAAAUCAUCUGGAGCUUCAGAGAAGUGUGAAUUCACAGGCACAUCAGCAAAGCUGGAACAAGUCAGAAGCAACCAGUAGCACUUGUCACAAACUCUCUAACCAGGAAGUUAAAUAGCACUUUGGCAUUUCAAUCCCUGCUGUCCUCCAAGGGACAACAGUGGGGGCCCAUAGUGGGAAACUGAAUUGUUUGUUCUUUCUAAGUUUCAUAGUUCCAUAAGAAGGGGUAAAGAUCAAGUGAUAUUCUUGUGUACUGAGGUGGUGGUAAUCUUGUAAUAUAUAACCCAGAGACAAGAUGGUCCAGUUAAGAAAAGGACAGUUAGCAUCUGGUUCCUAGUUUAACUCCCAGCUUUGUCACUGACUUCAUACUCCGUCCCAGAAAUAAAGAAGUAAAAUAGAGGUCUUGUUGUAAUUGGCUCUAUAGUUGUUCACCUCCUUAUCUCUGUAACUUAACUUGUGACUUUUUAUUAACUUAUUACUGCAAAAGUGCUACUGGUUGAUCUAAGAAAUGAACAAACAUGAACACAGCUGGAGCUCUGCAUGUAAUACCCUGAACUUAAAUACCAGACAAAUGGAGUUGCAUUAUGACAUACCAAAAAAGGACUGCAUUUAUUUGUAAAAAUUAGAAUUCUCAAUGUCCUUCUUUGUAAAACCUUUGAACCACUGAGCACAAAAUAAAUGAAAGAUUUUAUAUAUAUGUAUGCAGAUUAUGAAUUGGUUGACUGUUAGGUCAGCCAAGACCUGAUGCAUUGGUAUCUGCUGGAAGCCUUCCAGAAUACUGGCUCUGAGGAGGCAGCAGUUGAAACUUAACAGCGGGGACCCCCACAUGGCUCGGACAGUAGAGGCACUGACUCGGUGUGCAGGCUGAGCUCUAUAGUCCUGCUUCAUGAGUGUUUCAUAGCCAGCUGUGACCUUCAUUCGCCAAGCAGCAGCUCACAGCUGGUUCAGCACCAUCUGGGUAUUCAUGGGAAUUGUAAGCCAGGGCUCCCUUGGUAAACAGGCAACCUGUGACUUCUCAGGUGACUGCGGACUUACGGAGGCCUCUCCUUCAGUUCCUGCUGACCCUGCUGUAUGUAGCUUGUAGCAUGUCUAAGGGGGGACUCGCCUAGUGGGAACAGCGGCCUUCACUGGGUAAUGACCAGUUUAUUGUAAUAACACAAUUGGUCAUUCAAAGUGGGAUGGGCACAUGAUUAAAAAAAAACCACACAACAUUUAUAUUUUAUUUUUCAAAAAACCUCAUUAAAGAAGAGGAAAUUCAGAAGACGGCAUCAGGCUUUUUUGAUGCUACAUAGAGUGGUCCACCCAAGCAGGACCAGGGUCUGGCUUUCAAGCAAAGAAAUACCCACGGUUAUACUUUUACAGUGCGUGAAAGGGCAGCACCUUCAGACUCUUGCCUGACCUGCGUUCCUCAAAGGUAAUGGGGAGUGACCUGCUGUUCUCUGUCCCCUGACCAGUUGGUCCUGGUGGGCAAAGGGGUCUGGAGUAUCAGAACGAAGUGGGUCUGCAGGCAGGACUCCAGUUACAAACCAAUGGGGGUUUUUAACAGGAAAGCACUCCAGCAGAGCCGCCUCAUCACCCCAAUGCAGCACGCUUACUGGAUCCACUGUUGAGAACUUCAGCUGUCUUGCCACAAAGCCAGUAUGUCCAGCUGUUUUUGUAAAGUGGCCUGUGCUGUACAAACACAUUGUGAAUUAUGUAUGUUUUUUUAUAUUACCGUUGCUAACUAUUAUUGUUAAAGUUAUUGGCAUAUUGUAAAUAGAUAAAUGCACUUUAUUUUAAUUUUUGUAAUAAAAAAUGAAAGAAACUGUUUGGAA